CCGUACCGUAUUCCUCGCAAUAUGACGACAAUGUUUUGGCCCUGUUCUCCGCAAUCCUCGCCAAACGCGGGGAUGUACAUGAAUGGCGUCUCGCUCGGCCUCAAGCCAGGACGUCCAAAACAUCUUAGCCGCCGCUGUCAAAAAGGGAGCCGGCACGCCACAUCUUGCUACCAUCACAUCCUGCUACAGGGCGACACCUAAUACCUCCUCACCACACAACCGCGGUUAGAUGCCGAAAUUCGCAUCCAACGUCCACCUGACUGACUGACUAACCGAUAGGUCGCUUCCUUCGACGACGCGCAUCUCUCGUUAACCACAAGUACAUCGGCUGCGCUGGCUAAACAUUCAAGCAGCCUUGACCGCCCGAGUUGGGGUAUGGCAGUAUUCUAAGGUUCGCAUUACCCCCACAGCACCCACCACCGACCGGCAGCGCAUCGGCAGUUGCUUCAUCUGGUAAUGGCAAUACCAUCAACCACUCUGUCACUUCCCGUCUCGCGAUCCCGGCAACCCUAACCAGCCCAUCAGUAUGGUCCAAGGGGAGUUAGGGGCCAUCGGAGCAUCCGCCCUGCCCCUCAUUGAUCACGCCCACUUCCCCGCUUCUCCAGCCAGGAAUUGUCAAGUUUACCCCGAUCUUCCCUCCGGAGCCCCACAAUCCCCUCCAAAUGUGAGGCUCCAUGUGUCGACUUCUUAAACAGCCGUUGGGACGACCAUGUCGGACAACCUCGAGCUGAGCUCUACUGUCUUUAGCGCUUCCGAGAAACAACACGACUUCACAUCGGAAACCAUGUCUGACCCAAAGGACCUGAAGAUCGCCGUAAUUGGCGCCGGGAUGGGCGGUUUGGGCUGCGCACUCGCCCUCGCGAAGAAGGGCUUUAGGCAUAUCGACGUGUACGAAACGGCCUCCAACCUCGGUUUUGUCGGCGCCGGCAUUCAGAUGCCACCCAACGUCGUCCGGGUUCUCGACCGCCUCGGUUGUUGGCCCGAGAUCGAGGAGACAUGUACCGAUGUCAAGGGAUCAAGCAUUCGACAGGGAUCGAGCAACGUCGAGCUCGCCCACGUCGACAUGCCCAACAUCCGGGAGCUCUACGGCUUCCCGCACUGCAACGGCCACCGCUCGUCGCUCGCCGGCGGCAUGUACAACGCCUGCAAGAAGGAGCCCGCCAUCACGUUCCACUUCGGGACGGCGCUUGUAUCGCUCAACUCGUUCGCGCCCAAGCCCAACUUCACAGCGCAGCCGCGCGACGGCGAGGCCUACCCGGUCGAGUGCGACGUUCUUCUCGCCUGCGACGGCAUCAAGAGCACCGUCCGCACGGCCCUCCUCGACUCCGUCGGCGCCGUCGGCGGCGAGGAGGAGACCGGUCAGGCCGCCUACCGAAUCAUGCUCACCCGCGAGCAGAUGGCGGACGACCCGGAGCUCCUCGCCCUGCUCGACUCGGACGAGGUCAUCCGCUGGAUCGGCGAGAAGCGCCACAUCAUCGCCUACCCCGUCUCCUCGCACACCAUCUACAACCUCUCGACGACGCAGCCCGACUCCAACUUCGCCGCCGCCACCAAUGCGACCUACACCACGCGAGGCUCCAAGAAGGUCAUGCUUGACGUCUUCCACGACUUUUGCCCGCUGGUCCACCGCAUGUUGAACCUUGUCCCGGACGGCCAGGUCUGCGAGUGGCGCCUGCGCAUGCACAAGCCGCUGCCGACCUGGGUCCACACGGACGGGCCCGUCGCCCUCCUCGGCGACGCCUGCCACCCGACGCUGCCGCACCUCAGCCAGGGCGCCGCCAUGGCCAUCGAGGAUGGCGCCGUCGUCGCCGAGGUGCUCGCCCGCGCGCCCGACACCGACCCCGAGACCCUCCGACGCUGCCUCAAGGCGUACGAGCUCUCGCGCCGCGACUGGACGUCCCAGCUCGUCAACAUGGCCUUCCUGUCGGGGAAGCAGCUGCACCUCGGCGAGGGCAAGGCCAAGGAGGAGCGCGACCGCCUGUUCGCCGAGCACAAGUCGGCCGGCGCUGUGCCGGAUAAGUGGGCCUCGCCCGACGUGCAGCGCAUGAUCUAUACAAACGACUGUGUGGCCAACAUCCGGCGAGACUUUGACGGACUGUACAAGAGCGCGGCAUGAUAGAACUAUGUCCUUGCUGUGUAAUUCGUUACGCGAUCCAUCCACACGUCCAUUUCCCGGUCAAUCUGUCCAUCUGCCGUUCCAUGUGGCUAACCCUAACGCUCGUGCUCGUCCGAGGGCAUCCAUGGCGUCUGCCUAGGGCGCAUCCGUCAUCGGCCCACGACUCCUCGACGGGUGACUGUUCUAGGCCAUACCCCGCACGCUGCGCCCAGCUUAGCCCAGCCCAUCCUCCCAGCCCAGCCGCAGUUCACCUUCAUCUCGGCAUACUCGGUUCACGUUCAUAUAGUCAUGGGACUAGGGGAUCAUCAGUUCGCACCCGUUGUGUUAUGUAUGUCAUCCGGUGAUGAGAAUAGAAAACAAGCUUUCGAAGCAUGCCUGGGAUAAGGGUGCGAUCGCAUUACGAGCUUUCCUAUGCCCCUAGCUCACAAGGGAAAACAGGCAAAAAGAGAAGUAGCAACGGCCCUCAAAACGAAUGAUAGGGGACGUUUCGUGUAGACAUAAAUGAAGAAGAAAGUCAGAAGCAAUGUUAAGAAUGUAGUCUCAUGAAUCCUUCCUUCCCCAAGGCGAGGUUCCUAGGUCUCUUCCCCUAAGAUGGUUGGUCCGCCGCCUCGAGAACGAAUAACACCCAUCGCCCCCUUGACGCCGAACAGACUCAUUCAAACUUGACCCGCCUUGGCCUUGAAAAGAAGAAGUGCAAAACCAGCUGUCAGUCGGCUACUGCGCUCUUUGUAAGCUUACCGGCCGGUUCUGUCCUGUAGAUAUCCCAUGUGUCGCCGCACAGUAGGAAGGGGAGGCGUCUCUCUUUGUGCCAUGCGUCUCUCAGCAUCGCACAUGUCCAUGAGAGCCUCCCCGGCUCGAGCUCCCUCUUUCUCCCUUCCUCUCGCUUGUCCCACCAAUCAUCCCUCUUUCUUGUCGUCUCUAUCCCAGUCGAGGGUUCGGGUAUAUUCACGUCCGCGCUCCACCUCCUCGCUCC